AUGUCCACCUACGCGAUCCUUGGCGCCACCGGCAACUGUGGCACAGCUCUCAUCGACAACCUGCUGCGCACCGAAAAUGCGCGAAUCCACGCCUAUUGCCGCAACCAGGCCAAGCUGACCCAAAAGGUCCCAGCGGCCGCCGACAGCAAGCGCGUCACGGUCUAUGAAGGGAAUAUCUACGAUGUUGACCUGCUGGCUGAAUGCAUACGCGACACGCGCGCCAUCUUCCACGUGGUGACGACCAACGACAAUGUGCCCGGCUGCCACGUCGGCCUGGACACGGCGAAGAGCAUCAUCGCCGCCAUCGAGAAGCUGAAGGUCCACGGCCAGCUGCGCGCACCCCUCCCCAAAAUCGUCCUGCUCUCCUCCGGCACCAUCGACGACCAUCUCAGCCGCCACAUGCCGUGGUGGUUCCGCCCCAUCCUUCGCACCGCCGCCUCGCACGUCUACGAGGACCUGCGCCGGACUGAGGCCUACCUCCGGGCGCAGGAGGACCUGGUGUCCACGAUUUUCAUCAAGCCCGGGGGGCUCGCAGUGGAUGCGCAACGCGGCCACGAGCUGAAUCUCGACCACGACGAAUCGUUCGUCUCGUACCUCGACCUGGCCGCGGGGAUGAUCGAGGCCGCGGAUGACGAGGGUGGGAGAUACGAGAUGAAGAAUGUCAGCGUGGUGAACAGGAAUGGGUCGGCCAAGUUUCCCUCCGGCACCCCGAUGUGUAUUGCCACCGGUCUCGCGAGACAUUUCUUUCCGUUUCUGCACGCCUAUCUGCCAUCUACCGGGCCUAGCUAG